AUCUAUUGUAGACCAGGCCUCAAUGCUCCGCCUGCGGAGCACACCUGCGUAGUGACUCACACAAAGGCGAGAAAUGAAAUAUACGCGGUGAGACAUAUUAUAAUAAUACAGACUCAGAUGAAAUGAAUACUCCAGCAUUAAAUGGAAAUGGGAGGGAACCUGUGAGGGAACAGAACAGACAAGAAUCAUUCGAUGUAAGUCUUAUACUCCGGAGGACAUUCCCGAAAAAGCAACAGCCAUCUUCUAUAGUAGAAGCAAUGAUAUUAGAUACAGAAGCAGCUGUUAUAGCGAAUUUUGAAUUUUUGGGACAUACAGACAUGGAUAUGGAAGAGGAAGAAGGAGAUGGGGACGAUGAAAUUUAUGAUACAAAUACAGAUACCAAACCAAAUAAAGCAUCUAUCUCCCUUCUAGCGGAAGAUGUUGAUACAGAUGCAGAGGCAGAAGUAUUAAAUGAAUUAAAUCUCCUCAUAGAAAUUGAAGAAUCGCCACCUGAUUCUAUCCACCUGGAAAUGAAUUCUUCAAAGAAGGGGCGCGACGGAAUUCGGCGAAAAACGCGUCCCAGUGUAAUUGGCCCGGUGGCCUCUCUCAGAUUUCUCGCUAGUUUCUGGUAUGUUGGGAUUCCUUGUUCCUAUUCUUUAUUUCUGUUCCCUGUUCCUAUUGCCUGUUGCCUGGCAUUGUACAAUGGCGUUAACUUUCGUAUUCGGUUUCUACGCAACAAAAUACAUGAGAUAGAUAUUAUAAUUAUGUCUCAAGGGAGAGGAAAAGAAGAAAAUUUGGAUAUAAAUAAAAUUUUUGAGGACAUAUUAUUCGUGGAAGAAGUUUCACAAAAAUUAGGUUAUAAAGAAGGUUACAAAAGUGGCAAAGAACAGUUAUUAAAGGGAUAUCAUCUGGGAUAUCAUAAAGCUAGUAUAAUUGCUGCUCAAUUAGGAUAUUAUAGUGGAAUACUAGAGCAAUAUCUACAAAAUAAUGACAAUACCUCUGAAAAAACGAUACUAAUAGCCAAAAUACUCUUGGAAGAUAUAUGUAAUAUUUUUCCUGAAUGUCAAAGUAAAAACUUGGACAUUUUGAAAGCUAUAGAAAAUAUUAGAUUCAAAUAUGCCAAAUUUUGUUCAUUAGCAAAAAUUAAUCCACUAUAUCCUGAAGCAGAUAAACUUGAGUUUUGAUCAUAAAUAUAAUAAUAGGUAAGAUUUAGUGUUGGUAAUGAUGUAAAAAUUGAAUUAUAUAAUAAAAGUUA